CAGGAAGAGCCGCAAAAGAUAGACGUUUCUUUCAGCCAUUAGAAUGGCAUCAUUUACCCGCUAAGCCCGCCUUUAUACAAAAUUGUCCAAUCACCGUCCGGUACAGGAACUUCCGCCACGGAGACGGAGCAUGUCCAUUGUACGAGCUGUUCUGAAAGAGUGCCGCGAUUGUUGAGCUGCAGUAUUUAAAAUACGUAGUUUCUUCAAAGUUGUUUCAUUCGCUGUAGCCGGUUGUCGCCUUUUAGUUUGGAAUCGUACGAAAUUGUUGUCAUAUGUGGUUAUUUCGGAAACGUAACGUGUUGUUACGGGGAAGAAGAGCAACGGUCUUCACCAUAGGAAUUUGUUCGUUAGCGGCAGCUCAGCCACCUUGCGGUCUUGCUAGCACUGGAGCUAGAUAACGUUAGCUGCAGCUGUGUUGUGGUGUGAAUCUGACUGAGAUAUUUAGGAAUAUGUCUUUAACAAGAGGCUAUCACGUUUCGAAAUAAAUCGCCGGAGGCCGAAAAUACACAACUGGCUGUUAGCUCGCGAACUAGCCCCUUAGCCAAGCUAACGACAGCUAGCUAACGUUGUCUUUCACAAAAGGGCAACGCGUCAACAAGAGACUUUGUAGCCAAACUAACGCUGUUUUUCAGAUUUUUUUAAUUUAUUGAGCUUUUGCACAUCGCGCAUUACAACUGCACAGAAUGAAUGGAUUUAGCACUGAGGAAGACAGCCACGACGGACCGCCGGCUCCGCCGUUUUAUGGACAGAGCUGCUGUCUGAUCGAGGACGGCGAGCGCUGCGGCCGGUCAGCUGGAAACGCCUCCUUCAGCAAGAGGAUCCAGAAAAGCAUAUCACAGAAGAAGCUCAAGCUUGACAUUGACAAAAGCACUAACAGGCUACCUGGACGACGUGCAGGACAGCAGGAUCCUGCCCACAUCAACUUACAGCUCAUUACAACAGUUUCUUCCAACACGCCUCCGCUGCUCUUCAUAAAAUGGCUGUUGCCAGGGAAGCCAGCUGUGUUGUUUAACCUCAGCCAGUUAAAGCAACCGGCCUCAAUUCAAAGUUGCGAAAACUACCAGCAGUUAACUGUGAGACACCUCUAUAUCUGCGACUUCCAUAAGAACUUCAUCCAGAGCGUCCGCAACAAGAGGAAGAGGAAGACCAGUGACGAUGGAGGAGAGUCCCCGGAUCAUGAUGUGGAGGUGCCCGAGGUCGACCUUUUCCAGCUGCAGGUGAACACGUUGAGACGCUACAAGCGACACUACAAGCUGCAGACCAGACCUGGACUCAACAAGGCCCAGCUGGCUGAGACGGUGAGUCGUCACUUCAGGAAUAUUCCGGUGAACGAGAAGGAGACACUGACCUACUUUAUUUACAUGGUGAAGAGCAGCAAGAGCCGCUUGGACCAGAAAGGCGACGGUGGCGGCGGCGGCGGCGGCAAAACGCUGGACUAAACUUUGCAACUUAAAAACCAACAGCCACAGUAGCUACAAAAAAAUCAUCAAUAAUCAACAGAUAUUCACAAAACCUGGAACACCACUAACAGCAGCAACAACAACCAAAACCAGCUCCUCCUGCAACCCUGCCAUCUGUAAAGACACAAACUCUUGUUGUCACUGAAACGGAGGAGAAUGGAGGGUGGGAUGAGUGAUCUCUCGCUCAUCGCUCCCUCUUCAUAUAAAAACUGUCUCUGCGCAUGUUGUCACAAUGGUCAUUUCCUCUCCCUCUCCCUCUCCUCCUCAAAAGCCAGGUCUCUAAAGACUGUUGAGGACCAGGACUCCCUCCGCAGGGUGUAACGUCGCCAUGCUGUAAUGUAAACUGUCAAUAUGUACAAAAGAACAGCGUCCUAUCUUAAGUAAGUUGGUUGACUACAAUGUACAAUAUAGCUGCCUUAAAAGUAAAACAACGAAACGUGUUUCGGUAGAUUUGGGGUAUUUUUCCUUUGCCGAGUUGACUGUUAACACGUUGGCGGGGAGGAAUGCUUGUGCCAAACAGAAAAGCUUGUUGGAAUUGAAUGAUGUUGAGUGGGAGUUUUUUUUUUUUUUUUUUUUUUUUUUCUUUGAGAAUGAAUGAGUUGUUGGAAAGGGGCGCUGCCUUCUGCUGAAGUUACGUCCAGCACAUCAGGGCUCAGGGUCAGUUCAAGUGUCACCAAAUUUAUACAAAAACCUUGAUUCUCAAUAAUGUCUAAAAACAAAUCAAACAAACAAGCUGAUCUUAGUCCUGAUAUUUAAUCUUUAUUCGCCCUUUUCCAACUGGACGUGAUGCAUUUAAAGACCGAUGGUGGUGAAUGAUGUAGCGUUUGGCUAUGACCCACUCUUCUCCUUCUUGCUAGCUGUUUUAAUGUACAUAAGAACACAUCGCAGGUGUCGGUAGCUCAUUUCAUCCCGUUUCUUUGUAACUUUUCUCCCCUUAGAUCGGCCUUAAGUUGUACAAAGUUGUGUCUGUGUGCGUAUAUGAUUUAGAUUUCUUUCUCCACCUGAAGUGGAAGUUGUGUGUGUGUGUGUGUGUGUGUGUGUGUGUGUGUGUGUGUGUGUGUGUGUGUGUGUGAUAGGAGUGUAAGAGUAAUUAUUAGCGUAAUUUUAAUAUUUAAGAGCAGUGUUUAUAGUGGACAAUGUGUUGAGUUGAUACUUUACAUGCCUGGAUGUAUUGAGAAGUUGGCCGGAUGACUGUAAAAGCAUGUCUAUUGUUAUGGAUGCUUUACAUCCAUAUUGGCCAGCAGAAAUGACAAUGUCAGCGGAAGUUGGCUAAUGAGGUCAAGUUUUUUUACAUUUGUAUGCCCCAAAUAAUCCUGCUAAUUCACGUCCGCCCCCUCAAUGUGUUCAAAGGUCCAACAUGAAUCUAAAGGUGUCGUCGCACCAUAACUGGAUUUAUUGAGGUAAUUAUUGGAGUUUAUGGUUUCAUCCUGACUUCCUAAAUAUAUUUACAAUUUUAUGUAAACAUUGAAGCACUUCGACUCAGCAUUUUGGCAAUUAUUUUCUUAAUAUUAAGUGAUCACGUAAUGGGUUAAUUGUUUUAGGUUGUGAAAUGAAAGGGAACAUACAAUUUGAAGAAUGUUAUUAUUUUGUUGGAUUGUGUUUUAUGUUUGAAUAAUAUUAAGCCACAAGCCGUGAUGGGGAAAGUAGCCACCAGACGCCUGUUGUCAUAAAACAUUUGAUAUGAUGAAUCCAACACUGCUGACAAACUACAAGUUGAUUUAAAUCCUUAACGCACAGCCGACACCUCCAGGCAUUGGACAACUUUUGAUUUUGCAUCUUCUCAAAGCAACUUUUCAAAUCCAAUUCUGUUGGUUUUUUUUUCCGUUGUGUCUACAUUGUACUCACAGUUUGGGGGGGGUUUCUGUUGGGUUUGUUUUGCAACUCUGCAUCUUCUGUCACACGUUGUAUUUAAGUUUGUCCACCACACUGUCUACUUUAAACAGGGUUGUUGUUUUUUUAUUUUAGUGUCUGUUAUAUUUUCAAUUUUGCUUGUAGGUUUGUUAGUGUCAUGUAGAUAACACCCCCCACUUAAACAUAUAGGCCAUGCCACAUUAACCUAAUUGUUGUAUUAGAAAAAAACAUAUUUAAAUAUGGCUGCUUAUUGCUCUUAUAAUAAUAAAUGUAUUGUACAGACGGAA